AUGAGAGAGAGGGAUGGAGAUGUCGUCGAUGAUGUCGAAAGGGGUGACGGCCAACAGGGAAGGCACGUGCGUGAGGGGGGAGGUGGCGAUGGGAUGGCGCAAGGUCGUUUGAUGGAGAAGGCCUUCCGUGUUGAAAAACGCGGCUCAAACAAUCAACUUCGUCAAAAAAUCAUCGUGGGCCUGGGCCUUCUCGGCCACAUAUGCGUCGCGGCUUCCACCGGCUCAACUCCUUUCCCGGGUCUCCCCCGCCUUAAAACCCGGCCCGCUUCCCACGUCGAUCGCAUCAGCCUCCCUGCCGCUCCCACCCUCUCAUUUCCAACCUUGACGACGAGAUCCGAUCCGUUACCAAAGCUGGAUCUAGCGCAUCCAAUACCGACUCAUGCGGCCUCCAUCUGCGACGGCCUAGCUCGUCUUGAGGUCCUCCACACUUCCCUCUACGACCUCCUCCGCCUCCCUCAAUCCCAAGAUGCCCUCCGUCACGGAUCCGAAUUAACGGGUCGGAUCCUCGAUGACUUCCUCCGACUGGCAGACGCCCAUGAUACUUUCAGAUCCGAGAUGGUAGCCUUGAACGACAAACUAUCCGAUGCUCAGGUUGCGUUGAGAAUGAAGGACAACGCCAAACUGGCCUCGACAACCAAAAACAUGAAGAGAACAGAGAAGAACAUCAUCAAAAUUGCUUCCUCCCUCCGAAAUUUCUCCAAACCACCGGCUACAAGAUUCUCCGCUAGUGUCGAAGAGAUUGAGAUGGUCGGGGUAAUUAGGGAGGUGAUCAACGCCACAGUGUCCACGUCGGUGGCGGUGUUCUUGGCAACUGCUGGCAUUGCCUCUUCAGUGAUGAAGAAAAGAUCGGUCGAGGGGAGAAGCAUGCAGGAGUUGCAGGGAUUUGAGGAGAGUAUCGGUGCUGUUGAGAGGAGAAGUGAGAGAGUCUUGAGGUGUUUGAUUAACGCCAGAGUCACCCUACUCAGCUUAGUGAAUCCUCUGUAGAAAAAGGAUACAGGAAAAAAAUUGUAAAGUUUUUGUAGUUUUGUGUAAAUUAUACAGUUUACAGUAUGAAAUCCAUGCAAACAAACAAAAAAGAAAUU